UAUUCUGCUCUCUUGUACAAUCUGCCCCAAAAAGAACGAAAAGAAAGACCAAAAACAGACAGAACAGUCGCGCGUCCCCCUCGUAGCAUGUAUGAUGUAUGUGUUUGCCGGACGUCGGAUUCAUGUACACAAGGUAUCGUAUCGUAUAUCGUUACUUUUUCCUUUUUUUCUUUUCUUCUCAUUUUGGGCGGUUGGAUCACUUGAUGUAUGUCAUGGUGAAUGUGCUUUUGGUGCAAGGGGCUCUCAUAAGCCCGGAACAGGCGCAUAAGGCAUGGGCUUUUACUACUACUCUUUUCAAAUGUUAUUUUGUAUUGAGCUUUUUGUUGCUUUCAAGGGUUGCCUGUUAUUAAGGGUAUUGGUUGAUAUUCGAGUUAUGGACCGUGGAAUUGAUUUCUGCGGGCUUAUCA